CGGUUUCCAUUCAUUCCGCUUCGUUUUCAUUUUUCAUUCAUUUUUCGUACCGAACGGACAUGCAAAGCGAGGUGCUCUGAAAGAACUGUUGAUUUGAACGGUGGCCUGCAGUAUUAUUUACUCAUUGCACUGAUUGGUUAUUGAGAAGUGCUAUAAGUGAAGGAAAGUCUUAUAGUUUGACACAAUGCAAGAUUCCUCGUACGUAAAACUGCAAACUUCCCAAGUAUUGUGAAAUAUCUUAGUGCACCUAGAUCAUCACGCAUUUUGGCAACGCAUGGAAAUGCAUGUAAUGAGUUUUGAUUACGUAUCACUCACUAUAGACUAUUGUUGUUCAAGUAAGCCUAGAAAGUGUGCAAUUCAGUGCUAUAUUCGACCGUAGGUGGUCGCAACAACUCGAUUGUGUCCCGUGUGUUUGGUAAUCUAAUCUGUGAGAAAUUGUUUAUGUGCUGGCACAUGUAUUGGCGUGUAUUUGAAUUUAUCGUGUUCACAGCAACAAUUAAGUUGGAUCCGCGUGGGAUCAGGUUAUCGUUAUAAUCGUCGUGCUUUUAUAAAAACGGAGGAAAUAAUCAUCUACCAAAAUCAGUCUGCUGCUACUAAGAUCAGCAAAUAUUUAAUGUGGGGAAAAUUGAGGUUUCGUACUUACGCCUAUAUUUCCAUGAUAUCGAAACUUUUGCAGUGAAAUGGUAUGUUAAACGAGAAGAUUCAUUUUGUGUAUGAUUCGCGGUUCCGUAGUUCAACAGUUCUGAUCUUGUUCGAGAUCGAGUAGGCACACCGUUAAAAAAAAAGCAAAUUAAACAGUGUCAAUGGAGGAAGCUAGUUUUUUGUUGACGGAAAUUCCAGGCGGUUUCAUAUCGCAUCGACCACAUACGAUAACCGGUGGGCAUCAUCACCGGUAUGCACCCUAUUCUGUUGUGUUACAUCAGCCACAUUUGCAACAGACCUCUGCCUCGCCGACAAUAUACACCAUCCCAUCACAUCAUUUGUCGCACCGUGCCCAUCCGCAUCUCCCACAUCCCGGACACCAUGCUCCACAUUAUCAUCAUAAUCUCCAUGGGACGAUUCAUUCUACAAAUCGCCCCAAGAGCCCGAACACUCCUCCUCCGCAACCCGUAGAGGAAGAAGGCACCCAUAUUGGACAUCUUUACCCAGAAAUACUUGCUAUGAUCUUUGCCAAGCUAAACGUCAAGGAUCGUGGCCGUGCCGCCCAAGUGUGCACCGUCUGGCGUGAUGCUGCGUACGCAAAAUGCUGUUGGCGAGGCGUCGAAGCCAGUUUGCACCUACGACGGCCUUCUCCGACACUAUUUGGGUCGUUGGUGAAACGAGGUAUCAAACGGGUUCAGGUGUUAUCGGUUCGACGUGCCCUGAAAGACAUCGUAAACGGCGUGCCGAACUUGGAGUCACUGAAUCUAAGCGGCUGUUACAAUAUCACAGAUAUGGCUAUCGGGCAUGCGUUUGCUGCCGACUUUCCUAACCUAAAGGAACUGAAUCUGUCGCUCUGCAAGCAGGUGACAGAUUCCAGCCUUGGACGCAUUACACAGCACUUGAAAAAUAUAGAGGUUCUAGAGCUCGGAGGAUGCAGUAACAUCACCAACACGGGUCUACUUCUCAUUUCGUGGGGUCUGAAGAAGUUGCGCCGGCUUAAUCUUCGGUCAUGCUGGCACAUCUCGGACCACGGUAUCGGACAUCUUGCAGGGCUCAGUAAGGAAACGGCUGAUGGAACACCGGCACUCGAAUACAUAGGGCUGCAGGACUGUCAGCGCCUUUCCGAUGAAGCGCUGCGACACAUUGCCCAAGGGCUCACUUCACUGCGAUCGAUUAACCUUAGCUUCUGUGUUUCCGUCACGGACAGCGGGUUGAAGCAUUUGGCGCGCAUGUCGCGUCUGGAAGAGCUGAAUCUGCGCGCCUGUGAUAACAUAUCGGACAUCGGUAUGGCGUACCUGACGGAAGGCUGCAACUCGAUCUCAACAUUAGACGUUAGCUUUUGUGAUAAGGUGGCCGACCAGGCCAUGGUGCACAUCUCGCAAGGUCUAUUCCAGCUGCGCUCUCUAAGCCUUAGUGCGUGUCAGAUCACGGACGAAGGUCUUUCUCGCAUUGCCAAAUCGCUGCACGAUUUAGAAACACUUAAUAUUGGUCAGUGCAGUCGUAUCACCGAUCGCGGGUUAGAAAUCGUUGCUGCAGAACUGAUAAAUUUACGUGCCAUCGAUCUUUACGGAUGCACCCGGCUUACGCCGAAUGCGUUGCAAAAGAUCAACCAAUUGCCGCGACUGUCCAAGGUUAAUCUUGGCCUUUGGCAUGUACGGUGAUGCGUUUAAGGACAUUAAAGGUUUUUUUAGCAGAGAGAUUUAAGGAUGAAUAAAAAUAAUAAAACAAAUGGCCAUCAUACUUUUUUGC